AUUACGUCAUUUCCGGGGAUCAAUGAUAUUUUCAAAAUGGCGGCCGGCUUCAGAACAAAUGUGUGGGAUCCAGUUCUUAUUAUUUCGCAAAUUAUCGCCAUACAGUGUACGUUCUAUAUUUCGUUAGGAGUAUGGGUGUUAAUAGUUGAUUAUUGGUCAGGAUCUAUUCAUUCUUUAGACCAGUUUUUCGCAUAUAAGGAGUUAGAUAUAUCAUCAUUGAAAGGGAAACUUCUGAUGAUUGCUUUUUGUUUAAAUUCGUUAACGGGUGCCAUGGCUCUCUGGUUUAUAGUAAAGCGAGCAAAGCAGUGUCUGGACUUCACAACCACCGCACACAUUGUACAUCUGGUGUUCUGUUGUAUUUAUGCUGGGUUUCCAUUCUCCUGGACUUGGUGGUUACUGAACAUUAUAUGCUUAGCUCUCAUGGCUGUUAUAGGGGAGUUUGUGUGCAUGAAAACAGAACUUAAAGCCAUCAAAGUGUCGGCAGGCUCAUCUGGUAAAAACUCAGUGUAAUACUACUGCCGGACAAGUCAUGUUACAAGGCUGAGGCAUCCAGCGAUUUCCCAGAUGAUUUGUGGGUUUUGUACCCUGGGAAAACCGAGUGACUUUCCAGACCAAGGAUGCAUGGGUACCCUGUGUACCCUGGGCACAUUGAGUGACUUCCUAGAACAUGGAUGUGUGGGAACCCUGUGUACUGUCAUUGGGCACAUUGUGUGAUUUCCCAGACGAAGCGUGUGUACCCUGGACACAUUUAGUGAUGGGUACCCUGUGUACCUUGGACAAAUUGAGUGACGGGUACCCUGGACACAUUUAGUGAUGGGUACCCUGUGUACCUUGGACAAAUUGAGUGAUGGGUACCCUGGACACAUUUAGUGAUGGGUACCCUGUGUACCUUGGACACCUUGGAACUUCCAGUGCCAAGGAUGUGUUGGAACCCGGAACACCAAUGUGAUUUUCCAGACAAUGAUGGGUACCUUGGACACCUUGGAACUUCCAGACAAUGUGUGUGUUCCUUGGAACACAUUGUGAGUUCCCAGAUCAAAGAUGUGUGUACCCUGGAACUCAUUAUGUGACUUCCCAGACAAAUGAUGCAAGGAUGUGUGCACCCUGGAACUCAUUUUGAUUGCCCAGAUCAAGGAUGUGUGUGUACCUUGGACCAUAUUUCAACUUCCCUGACCAAGGAUUAUGGGUACCCGGAACACAUUGUGUGAUUUUCCAGACAAAGGAUGCAAGGGUUUGUUUGUACUGUGAACACAGCUUGGUUGUUUUGAAACUUAACAUUCUUUGGAGAUAUCGUGCACUUUAUAUGCCUCCCUGCCAAUUUCACCUUGCUGAUUUCCUGGUCCAUGGUAACAUUGGGGUAUCAAGAGACAUGGCAAACUAGACAACGUCCUGGACAUACCAUCUGACCUCCUGGACAGUAAUUUGAUACUCAACACAUACAUGCUCUUUCACUAGAUACAGCACAUGUUCCCUAUAUCAAUCAUGUGCAAUGGUGUGAUGGAAACCACUUUGCAACCAGAAUGCGAUCGGUCGUACAGUGACUGUAUAAUCAAAUUAUGUAGCUGCAAUCAUACAGAAACGUGCACUUUAAUAGGGACUUUCCUUAGGCAAGCUGUCAUUUGACUUCACUGAGUGCAGAGCUCCUUAAAGAGAAGCCAGAAAGCUGUUAAUAGAGUUCAAAAUUGGCUGAAAACUCACCGUUGAAGUAAACACAGGCUACUGUAUUUAUUAGCCUUUUCUUAUAACAAAACCAAAAAAUAAGGGAGUAUUAGAUAGGUUUUGAAGUGAUGAAUUUCGCAAAUUACACGCCAUUACAAAUGAGUGCACACAUGCUGUUUUUGAAUUUUAUUUUUCAGUUCAAACAAGUGUGUGUUGAGUUCAAACUUAUCAAUGACAAUUUUUGUUCUUGUUUUUGUAGAGAAUUGACUCCUAACACUUUCCCAAAUAUGCCUGGUACUUUUUAAACAAUCUCUAAAACUUUAAAAUUGUAGUUUGCCGUACAAUUUUGCUAUAUUUUCUUCUGGCAGUUUCAGAGGUCCACACUUAAUGAAGUCUAGCUGUGAUUGACGAUGACUUGCACGAGAGCUUGCGAAAAAGGGGGGAGAACUAUCCCUUUUAUAGUGCACGUUCAUGUUUAAAUUAGAGUGCUAAACUUAAAUCAGAAAUCUUUGGGGCAUGUGCUUUUAACUGUCCUAUUAAAAGGCGUAAUUACUAAAGUAUAGCCACGAUUAAUUGACAGGAGCAGGAACCCUUAUGUGCUGAAUCCCGACAAUGGCAUUGACUGCAAUAUAGCUUGAAUAGAUCACUCUUACUUUAGUGAAAAUAGUUUAUUGAGAAAAAUAAAUAGUAUUAUGUCAUAUACAAUAUUUCAGAGGAAUUAACUUAACUAAAAUUACAGUAGCCAUUUCCAUAUGUUUUUUUAACUUAUUGUUCAAUUCAAAGCGUAUUAAGUGUAUAAAAUAAAAUUCAUUUAAAUAAUGUGGAUAAAAAGGAAAAUAAAUAAUGUCAAGAAAUGUAAAAAAGUUAUAAAAAGAUAUAAGAAAGUUAUAAUCCAUAAAAUGCAAAUUAUUGUCUAUGAAAAUAACAACCCUUCUAUGCGAUAAAUAAUUAUGUAUCAAUGAUGCAUUACAAGAAAAAUUAGCUUUAGGUCUCCACAAAUAUUUACUCUAUUGCUUCGACAAAGGACCAGAUAUGUUAAUUGCAGCAACACGGCUCUAAUUGCGACCUCCUAGUGUAAAUGUUUUUCAAGAGCCAUCAUGAUCAUUACACUUGUCUAUAUUUAUUUCAUAAGAACAAACUCAUUUUCGAUAACUAUAAUGUUCAUUGAUCUUUAGUAAGAAGAGGUUGACUGUCUUCCUCUGACAGUUAUCAUGAUAGAUGUGGAGUUGACACACCAUUGUCAUAACUUGGGCUUUUCCCCUUCUAUAAGAAAACAAAUGUUGUAAUUUUUGCCAUCUGAAUCAAAACAUUAAACCACAAUUUGCCUAUCA